CGUGGUUGUUGCCUCUGCUUCCGUCUCUCUCCACACUGAGCUCGCUGCACGACCCUCGAGGCCAUGCUCCUUUCCCUCUUACCUUGCCUCACAAGGUGGGACAAUGUCUCUGCCCAACUUCGACCUCAACCGCCCUCGUGAUGUCAACUCGGACGCUGCGGGCGGUGGCGGCAUAGAAUCACAAGGCAGCGGCUCAGGCCUCGCCGCCCGACCUCGCCGCGAACGCAUACAGCCCCGCCCUUCGUCCCCAUCAGCAUGGCGUCUGCAACUAGGCGUCGACCCACGCACAACUUCCGCAUCAGUCGCUUUGCUACUCGUCCACGCUACAUGCUCUGUCCUCUUCCUCGUCUUCCUCAACUCGGCGCAAGCCUUCCUGCUGCCACUCCUCGCAGCUGCGUCCGAGCACGAGCACCAAGACGCCCCUGACUCUUCUGUGAGAGUGGGCUCUCUGUCCGGCCAGCUGCAGCUGAGCGACGAGCUGCUCAGUGUGGUGCUAGUGCUCUUCUGGGGAGCUCUGGCGGAUCGAAGUGGUGGGUUGAGAGGCCUUGGAGGUGUGCCCCUGGUUGCGGCACUUGGAUAUGCCCUGGUGGCUGCUGGGCUUGGAGCGUACGCACUUGCACAGAAGCCUUGGCCCGAUCUGCUAUGGGCUAGGCUGAUAUUUGCGAGCGGAGCGUCAGCCGUGACUGCUAUGCUCACCGGAGCGCUUGCUACUUAUGCCGCGCCUCCGACGGAAGAGCAGGGAGAGGAAGGAAGUGAAGUCGUUGCUACCACGACCGGGGAGGAGGACGUUGAUUCAGCACCGCCAGGGGAGCGGACACCGCUGCUUCAGUCAUCAUCGACGACUGCCUCAGCAUCGCCAUUUGCCAACCGCAAGCGCCGACACGGCCGCCUCUCUGCCUUUGCAGGGCUUCUCACAGGCAUAGGGGCAGUCAUAGCUGUCCUCUUCCUCCUUCCGCUGCCCGUACGACUCGCUGCGUGGCAGGGCAAUGACCAAGGGCCGCACAAGGAGGAGCUGCUGCUACGUGCCACUCGUCAAGCCUUCCUUCUCGUAGCUGCACUAGCUCUUCUCGUCUCUCUGGCUAUCGCGCUCGGGCUCAGAGAACCGGUAGAUGCCAAGGAUCGGGCGAAGAGGCGCGAGCAGGUAUCGAGACGAGCAGGUCAACGAGAGCAGCAAGCACAACCAGCCCAGCAAGACGCGCGAGCAGCUCGUCGGGCACGUCUUCAAUCACGCCGCUCGGAGACUUCCACUAGCUUCACUUCCCUCGCAUCAGUGGCCAUCCGUAGCAGCAAAUCCCACCUCCUCUCGCUCCUCCGGGGUUUCUCCCUCGCUCUCCACUCCCCUACCCUCCUCCUGUCCUACCUAGGCGGCUCCCUCGCCCGCUCCCUGACCUUAUCGUCUACCCUCUUCCUCCCCCUCUACAUAGCACACCACUUCUACGUCUCCCGCCCAGACCUCUGCCGUCCACCACCGGAGGACGGAGGCCCGCCUUUGAAGGAGACGUGCAGGCAGGCCUACAUCUUGGCCUCGGCACAGAGUGGCGUACUGCAGACCAUGUGUUUGAUCGCUGCGCCGAUUGCAGGGUGGGCGUGCGAUUCGCUGGCCAGUCCAGAGGUAGUGCUCCUCACAGCAAGCCUAGCAGCCACGCUUGGCUUUGGAGGAUAUGCGGGUGUGAGCGACCCACAGAGGGGAACGGCUUGGGCAACCGCUGCUUUGGUGGGGACGGCUCAGGGCUUGGCUAUUGUGAGCAGUCUUGCCCUUGUUGCCAGGGGCAGGUGGGAGGUGGAGGCACAUGGAAGAGAGAAGUAUGCGGAUGUUGUAGACGACGGGGAGGAGCCACAGGGCGAGGUUGCGGAGGAUCGGCCGGGAGUCCCAACGUCCCCUCGCGGCUCCGCUCAAUCAACCUCAGCAACCCGCUCAGCGGGUGCAAUCAGCGGUGCUUACUCCUCAUGCGGCGCCCUCGCCAUCAUCCUCGUCUCAUCCAUUGGCGGUACCCUCUUUGACUACAGGCCCGUGGCACCCUUCUGGCUCCUGGCCGGAUUGGCAGGUGCUACAGCGCUCGCCACGGGCCUAGGGAUCGUUGUAGGCAGGCGAAGAGGAAAUUGAGAGCCGCGCAAGGGCUGACAAGCCAGGCAAUGCCUUGCAAUGCUGUGAUUCAACAAUUCAAUUGCCCUUUCUGAACAGCAAACAGCACAAAGUAGCGGCGAAGGGCCAGAGAAGGGAAGCAGAAGCGAACGAAAAGUGUAGACAAGAACAACAAAGCAUUGAUAGAUCGGUGAC